AUGCGUUAUACACAUGGAGAUAUGCAACGAAUAUUUCAGGUGCCAUUUGGUUCAUGGCUGAUUCCGACCAUCGGUUCUUCACUUUGUAUUCUUCUUAUGCGUGGUAUAACAAAACCAACAGUUUUUCGAUUUCUCGUAUGGACAGCAUUAGGUCAAAUUAUUUAUUUUUCCUAUGGUUUUUGGCACUCUAAACAACGAAAAUCAAUAAAAAGUGCAUCUAUUUCAAGUGUAACAGAACUUCUACCAACAAUAGCAAGUAUUACGGAACAAUAUACACAAAAUGAACUUGAAUCAGAUUUAGCAAGUGAAAAUAGUGAAAAUGCAGUAUAA